AAGCGAAGGCAGAUACAUGCCGAAGCGAGUCUAGAGAAUGGAAACAGAGGAGGCGGCUGUCGCGAAAGCACACGCAACCUCCAACAAAACGCUCACAAAAUAAGACAACCCCAGAAAAAAAUCUGGGGACAGCUUCCAUACCUUGCCACCACCAUUACAGUUCCUAAAUAAAUACUUUGAACGAUGGCGACCGUAAUUGAGCCCGAACACGAAUUGCUGUCGACGCCACUACCGACUGAUUUUCGUGCCCUGUCCGUCUUGCAAGAACUGGCAUUUCCGGAACAGGAACAACAAAACAACUAUUUGAGGUACCAUCUUUAUCACAAGGAGUGUCCCGCCAAACUGGAACUCUGUCGCAUCGUCAAACUACGAAGUCAAAAGGCAGGCGGAGCGGGAAGUAGCGACCAGGAAGGAGACGGAGAUAACGUUGUCGUUGCGGCCUGUCAGCUGCAGCUUCGUCCUCGUCGUUCGGACGGAGUCGUCGAUGUUUUCAUCGAAUGGAUUGGUUGCCAUCCGGACCACCGGGGGAAGGGCAUAGGAACGAUGUUGUUAGAGUGGGCRGAACAAUUUGCAAAAGAAAUAUUGGGGGCCACCACUCUGGGAUUAUACAUGGUCCGAUCCAAUACGAACGCACGUCGGUUGUACGAACGCAACGGGUUUGCUGCCGUUCAUCAGCAGAGUCGAGAUAACAAGGAUACCAUGACGGUGUCAGCAGUUUCGAAAAAAUCUCGGCUUCGACGAUUCCAAAGAAGCUUCGAUCGCAUGUUUGGACAUUGGAGUGUCCUCCAAAUGGAGAAGAAAUUAUACUAGAUGCUCUCUCUGAAUAGACUCCUUUAAAUAUC